AGACUCUGUAACCACUUCACCGGCUUUUAGAACGAACUUUGUCUGUGUGUUCUGAAGUUUUCAAAAAGCCAACUGAUACAAAGUAUUCUUACUUGUCACUAUCAAUACAUUAACGUUAUUUGUAUAGUACUGUAAUUGUUAUAAACAUAAUUUUGCAAAAUGGCACGUAGAUAUGAUACACGUACAACAAUCUUUUCUCCAGAGGGUCGUCUUUACCAAGUAGAAUAUGCUAUGGAAGCUAUAAGCCAUGCAGGUACCUGUGUUGGUAUUUUAGCCACUGAUGGUGUACUGCUGGUAGCUGAAAGACGCAAUACAAAUAAACUUUUAGAUGAACUACACUAUUCUGAAAAAAUUUACAAACUUAAUAACGAUAUUGUGUGUUGUGUGGCUGGUAUCACUUCUGAUGCUAAUGUAUUAACAAAUGAAUUACGUCUAAUUGCACAACGUUAUUUAUUACAAUAUGGAGAACCAAUUCCUUGCGAACAACUUGUUUCUUGGCUCUGUGAUGUAAAACAAGCAUAUACACAGUAUGGUGGAAAAAGACCUUUUGGUGUUUCAAUUUUAUACAUGGGAUGGGAUAAACAUUAUGGAUAUCAAUUGUAUCAAUCAGAUCCAAGUGGAAAUUAUGGAGGAUGGAAAGCAACUUGUAUUGGACAUAAUUCCGCAGCUGCAGUGUCUUCAUUAAAGCAAGAAUAUGAUAAUAAUAACAUAACACUAGCAGAUGCUAAAGCAUUAGCCAUAAAGGUACUAUCAAAGACCUUAGAUUUGAAUAAAUUAUCAGGAGAUAAAGUGGAAAUAGUCACAUUGACUAGAGAAAACGGCAAAACUGUGACUAGGAUUCUUCCUGUAAAUGAGGUUGAUGCUUUAAUUGCAGAACACGAUCGUAUAGAAGCACUUGCUGAACAAGCCAAGAAAGAGAAACAAAAAUUGUAGAAGAAAAAAUACACAUGUAUUUUAUUUUUAUCAUUAUAUUAUUGUUUAUAAAAAUAUUGUCCUGAAUAUUAAGCUGGUUUUGUUUGCACAAUCCAUUGAGUGUUAAAAAAAUAAUAAGAGAUAAAUAGGAAAAUGAUAAAUCCAAUGUUCUAUGUACUUCCAUAAAUGCAUUCUCUUUAAAA